CUCUGGGUUCAGAGGUCAUGUUAUUGAAUAACUUAUAUUGUUAUGUACCAUUAAAACGAAGAAGGGGUGCUUAAUUUCUUUCUUUGUAAUGUAACAUAAUGAUAUUAUCCAGACGUGUUUAUAUCGUAAUUAUCUAAAUUAUUCUGGAAGCCCGUGUUUCUAGCAGUGAGAAGCUGGCCAUGCGAAUGCUACCUGUAUAGCUGCAGCUUCUUAGCUUGACCAACAAGCAGUCUGGUGUAAAUAUUAUACAAAAUAUCGAUAACUAACGGCAAGCUCACAGCUAUGGCAUUAACCAGGCUCCUGCGUGUGUUUAAUGGGACAGCGGUCGGCUCAGCCCAGACCUUAUCCCGGGCUGGUUGCUCCAGGAGAAGUAUGUGUAGUUCAGCGCUGCAGAGCUGCAGAGCCUGGCUCAUUGACCAGUAUGGCACCAACGGAGUUUUAAGGUACACAGAGGAAUUCACCCUCCCCACCAUCAACUCUGCAAGUGAGGUGAUGAUAAGAGUCAGUGCGGCUAGUCUUAACCCCCUGGAUCUGUCUAUGCGGGGAGGCUAUGGAGCCACAUUGCUGAACUUAAGAAGGGAGCCAUUGUCUGUGUUUAAUAACCACAGUGAGUUUCCACUCAUUCUGGGUCGUGAUCUGUCAGGAGUCGUGGUGGACUGUGGAUCCGGGGUCACCCACUUUGCUCCAGGAGAUGAGGUGUGGGCUGCUAUCCCUCCAUGGAAACAAGGCAGCCUAGCAGAAUUUGUGACUUUAACAGAGUAUGAGGUUUCCCAUAAGCCAAAAUCACUGAGUCACAUUGAGGCAGCAUCCAUCCCAUAUGUAGCCAACACUGCUCUAUCUGCACUUGUCAAUACAGGUGGUCUUUGCAAAGAAAGCUCCUCCAAAAAAAGAGUAUUGAUCAUCGGAGCAUCCGGGGGCGUUGGAACGUUCUCUGUUCAGCUGUUAAAGGCAUGGGGCGCCCAUGUAACUGUAACAUGCUCUCAGAACGCUGAGGGCCUCGUGAGAGGGCUGGGGGCGGACGAGGUGGUGGACUACACGGCAGGAGAUGUGGCUCAGCAGCUGGAGAUGAUGGAGAAGUUUGAUGUGAUUUUGGACACAGUGGGAGGCGAUACGGAGGAGUGGGCGAUGCACCUGCUGAAGCCCUGGUCGGGAGCAAAAUACGUCACAUUGGUAUCGCCUUUCCUCCUCAACACCGACUCCAUGGGCCUGUUUGAUGGGACCUGUAACGCUGGCCUCACCCUGCACAACAAAGCCUUUCAGAACAUCAUUUCAAGCGGAGUUUUCUACAGGUGGGCUUUUUAUGCCCCUGAUGGACCGGCCUUGGAUGAGGUCAGCAGGCUGGUGGAUGCAGGGAAGAUCCUGCCUGUUGUGGAAGCCCAGUUUCCAUUCACUCAGGUGCCUCAGGCUUUUCAGAAGUUGGAACAAGGGCACGCCAGAGGGAAGACGGUGGUCCGGGUGGCUGAAGAGGACGACAGCUGGACAGAGUCUGCAGAGUCUGAGCAAGAAGCACAAGAAAGAACCCAGCAGAACUAAAGAGGGGAAAGAAAGUGCCCGGGGAAUCACUUUAAUGGCUUUUCUUGCCUCUACAGUUAUAUUUGACAGCAGCAGACUGUAUAAUACCAAAAGACAAAUGUGGUGCGCAGCAGAUGCCAAGUCUGAGCUGAGCUUAUAAUAAGAGCAAGCCAAUGCUUUUAUUCAAAGCAUACACCAUCCUGUGUUUUCUUGCGUGUUCGCAAGGUGUUUGAGUGAUGCUGUGUUCAUGUGAUGCUGAUGUUAAUAUAAUUACAAACCGCUGCCUAAUAAAUGCAGUUCAGGUCA